UUUCUCCAGAGCCUGGCUAGAGAAUCAACUGUGACUUCCGUUUUAUUUUUCUCGUUGAUUUGGUUGGCAGUCUUGCUGUUGUAUUCGAUCAUUUCUUCCGGGAUAAGAGGCAAAAAUGGGUAUCGACAUAAAUCACAAAUAUGAUCGGAAGGUUCGUAGAACCGAACCGAAGUCUGACGAUGUGUACCUGGCCCUGCUCGUUAAGCUGUACAGGUUCUUGGCACGUAGGACAGAGGCCAAGUUCAACAAGAUCAUCUUGAAGCGGCUGUUUAUGUCCAAGAUCAAUCGGCCACCAAUCUCCCUUGCGCGGAUUGUGCGAUUCAUGAAGAAGCCUGGCCGAGAGGGACGUAUCGCUGUCAUCGUGGGAACAGUCACAGACGACCAGCGCAUCUGGGAAGUUCCCAAGCUGACUGUGUGCGCACUGCGAGUGACAGAGCGUGCUCGGGCCCGCAUCAUCAAGGCUGGUGGUGAGAUCAUCACAUUCGACCAGCUGGCACUGCGUGCACCCACUGGCAAGAACACUGUCCUCAUGCAAGGUCGCCGUAAUGCCCGAGAAGCUGUGCGUCACUUUGGCCCCGCCCCUGGUGUGCCACACAGUCACACUAAGCCCUAUGUCCGCUCCAAGGGCCGUAAGUUCGAGCGUGCCAGAGGACGAAGGCGCAGCUGCGGCUACAAGAAGUGAUUCUUUACUGUUUUAUUUCUUUCAAACAUUUUAUUAUUAAAUGUCUAAACAA